AUGCCUUACAGUGCAACCAUACAACUGGACAUCAAGGUGCCUUACAUUGUUAACAUACAACUGGACAAUAAUUUACCUUACACUGUAAACAUACAACUGGACGUCAAGGUACCUUACACUGUAAAGAGACAAUUGGACAUUGAGGUGUUUUACACUGUGAGCAGACAGCUGGACAUCAAGGUGCAAUGCACUGUGCCUUACAUUAUAAACAAACAACUGGACAUCAAGGUGCCUUACACUUUAAACAUACAACUAGACGUCAAGGUGCCUUACACAGCAAACAUACAACUGGACAUCGAGGUGCCUUACACUGUAAACAGACAACUGGACAUCGAGGUGCCUUACACUGUAAACAUAAAACUGGACAUUGAGGUGCCCUACACUGCAACCAUAAAACUGGACAUCAAGGUGCAUUACAUUGUAAACAUACAAGUGGACAUCAAGGUGCCUUACACUGUCAACAGACAACUGGACAUCGAGGUGCCUUACACUGUAAACAUACAACUGGACAUCGAGGUGCCUUACAUUGUAAACAUACAACUGGACAUCAAGGUGCCUUACACUGUGAACAUACAACUGGACAUCAAGGUGCCUUACACUGUAAACAGACAACUGGGCAUCAAGGUGCCUUACACUGCAAACAUACAACUGGACACCAAUGUGUCUUACACUGUGAACAUACAACUUGACGUCAAGGUGUCUUACAUUGUAAACAUACAACUGGACAUCGAGGUGGCUUACACUGUAAACAUACAACUGGACAUCGAUGUAUCUUACACUGUAAACAGACAGCUGGACAUCAAGGUGCCUAACACUGUAAACAGACAACUGGACACCGAGGUGCCUUACAUUGUGAACAGACAACUGGACAUCAAGGUGCCUUACACUGUAAACAGACAACUGGACAUCUAG